UAAAUCCUCGAAUACAUAGUUAAAGUUGAAAAAAAAGUACAAGAUGCCUAAGACCAUGCACAACGGGAGUACACGACGACUCCGUAGCACGAAACUUAGGUAAAACCGAAUAUAAUAAUAUUACUUAGGUUAAUCGACGUAAGGAUUGGUCCGUAGCCAAGGGUUUUAAGAGUUUGAUCCUUAGUCACGUGUCAACUCCUGAGUGGGAUGAGGUCGGUUUGAUUUUGGGUUUGGUUAAAAAAAAUGGUCAUUCUCGACGGAGACCGAAAAAAAAAGGAGAGCUCAAGGAAAGGCGAUAUUUUGCGUUUGAAAUCGAUCGUCUUCACGAAGGUAAAUCGAAGCGUAAACCUGUAUUUUUGUUCAUUUUAGCUUAGUUUUCAUGUAGAUUCGUCUCAUUUUAGUGUUUCGGGGAUGAGUUUGAAUCGAUUUGGGUUUCGAUUCAAAUUAGGGUUUAAAAACAAUUUGAGGUUAAAUCGAUUUGGGAUUUAGAUCCAGUAUGGGGGUUUGUAUAAAGGGUUUUGACAAGAUUUCGGUUUCAAUCUGAAGCGGAUUUGUAUCUUAUUUCUUAAACGGUUUCGAAAUGAAAUAUGUUUUCAACGGAAGAGGAUUUUAUCUUUUUCCUCAAGGGUUUCUCAACUUUUUAGGUUUGAUAUGUGUUCGUUAAUCAUUUGUCUCAGGUGAACCAAAUGGGACAAGAUUACAGCUACUCUCAGCCUUCUUCAUCAUCAAACUCUAUAGACAUGAGCUCCCUUCUUGAAGCUGAAGCUAAGAUGUACGCGGAUGAAGCUGAGAGUCCCUACUGCAAUGCAGAGCCGGAUCAGUUCCCACCUCAACCCGAGGCUGAUGAUGGAAUCCCUACGGCUUGCUACUGUGGUGCUCAGCCUGUUGUCAAAUGCUCUUACACACCUAAGGAUCCAUACCGAAGACACUUCUCGUGCCCCAAUGUCGAUGAUGGGGGCUGCCACAUAUGGAAAUGGUGGGAUGUGGCUUUAACGGAGGAGCUCAGUGAGGUUCAGAGACGUGUCAGACAGCUCAAGGAUCAAGCUUUUGAGUGUGACCAGAAGCUGCUUAAGCUACAGAAGACGGUGUGUGAGGUGAAGAAGAAAUCAGAGAAUACAAAUGUGUUUGCAUUGGCAGUUUGUGUAAUGGUGUCUGCAAUAGUAUUCAUAGGUUUGGCUGCUAUGUACCUGAGUGGUAAGUAUCUCUCUUGUGCUAUUUGCUUGUUUCUUCAUGACAUUUUUUUAAAACUUUUGACUGUUUGAUUUAAUGUUUAUGCAGGAAGAGCUUAGAAGAAGUAAACUAGAUCAACUAGUAAAGCUGAAGAGUGUCUGUAUAAUUAAGGUACGAUUCCUACUCUCUUUUGUAUGAAAUGCUUUGUAUUGAAAUGCUUUAGUAUUGAUUUGCUUUAGUAAUGAAUGCAAGUUCAUUGCUUUAAAAUAUUACUGUUAGUAUUGAUUAAAUGCAAUUUGUUUCGUUUCUACCUUCCUACCGCCUCUGAUAUGAUUGUUUUAAAUGUUUUAGUACUUUGCAAAUAGGUGUUACUUUGAAUUGAUUGUUUUAAAUGUUUUACGCCUUUAGUUAGCUUUCUACCUUACUAACUGCUCGUUUUUAUUGGCCUUAAAUGCAACUAGUUUAGCUCAAUGUUUAAACUCGUCUACUUAAGUCUCUGUGUUGCUAUUAGAGUGACAUAUACCGAUAAUUCAAAUGGAAAAUAAUACACCUUAUAUGAAUCUACUGUUUAGUCAAACUCAGACUCCGGUGGACCUUGAUUCAGCCGAACCUUUAUGGUUCGGUAGCCAAGGUCCUAGGGAGUCUGU